AUGAAGGAUUUCUCUGGGACACCUGGAACUUUUCUUGGCUUGAUUCUUAGAAUGUCACAGCUCAUUUUUGCUGCUGCCUCAAUUGCUUCCAUUGCUACUGUUACAUCACCCAGUUUCUCAAAUUUCACUGCAUUUUGUUUCUUGUGUGUUUCUAGUGUAUUAAUCGUUUGGAGUUUUGUACUUGCUUUGUUGGAUGCAUAUGCUUUGGUGAGAAAGAAGAUCCUUCUUAACCCUUCUUCAAUAGGCAUCUUAACUAUUGGAGAUUGGGGAAAAUCAACAUACUCUUUAGCUGCAGCUUCUGCUUCAGCUGGUAUUCCAAUUUUCUAUUUCAAUGAUACUGGACAUUGCCAUUUUGGAGAGGAGUGCCGAAAGUACCACAUUUCUGUUGCUUUUGCAUUCAUGAGCUAG